AUGCCGGCUGCCGAAAUGACGGAAGCCCAAGUCUGCGAACUGCCGCAAGAUGACUCAGAUGAGGUCAGUGAGCCGGAUAUGCCAUCAAAAAGCCAGGACGAGGCCCCGGGAGAUACUCAGGAAGAGAGAUCAAGUUCAAAGGGGAAAUCUCCCAAGGUUGUCUCGAAGCCCACGGACGAUCCUGAUUCAGACGCAGACUACGCUGCUCGUAAAGAGAAAACCGAUGUAAGACAGACAUACUUCGGGACUUCAAAAGCUGGGCGAGAGCAAGAAAGAAACUUCCGCGCCUCUCAAGAGACCUGCUCAGGGCCGAAGUCCUUUGGUGGCUCUCAAGGCUCCAAUUCUCAACCGCGAGGCAGCAAGAGAAGUUCUCCAGAUACCGCCUCUCCAGGUCCGGAGUCUAAGAGAGGCCGGACUGGGAGAGUUGACAACGGUAAAGAUACUGCCAAGCUUCUUAAACUCAGUCAAACUUCAAGCCAACGCAAGGGAUACGGAAAGAAAGACAAGGAGAAGGCGAGAAUUGAAGAGAAGAGGAAGGAGAGGGAGAGGGAGAAGGAGGAGGCCAAGAAAGCUUGCCAACCAGCGCCGGAGGUAAAGAUGCCCUCAUUCAAGUCAUAUGACGAUGAUCCGUUUGAGAAGUUCGACGUCAAGAAAUCACCGAAAAGCCUCGUUAAUCCCGGGGCAUCGUUUCUUUCGUCGCCGCCUGGCAGUCCUCGGAAAAAGUUCGUGGCGCAUUCGUCCCUGAGCCCCAUCAGCUUGCCUCAGCGUAAGAUCAAGGCCGAGUUCAAGGAUCCUCCUGCUUCAUUGCCUGACCCGCUGCUGAGUUCUGGCACAGCACCGGCACGCCUGCGUGACUUGGUACCAAGUCUCGAGACUGCUCCGAAGAUGCUCAAAGAUCCGUUCGCAGAACUGCCAGACUCUGAUCUUGAUGACGAUGAGGAUGAGAGCCCAUCUUAUUCACAGCCUUUAGAGACAGUGACACGCUGCCCCAUGUGCGGUGAUCCUGUCGACAAGGACUUUCUGGAUGCCUUUUCAAACGGCACCCGCCUGCGUAUCCACAGGCAGCUUCAGUUCUGCCGGCAACACAAAAAGAAGUCGGCCGAAGAUGCCUGGAAAACACGCGGCUACCCGGAUAUUGAUUGGGUGGAGCUCGGCUGCCGCCUCUCAGACCACUACGACUUCCUGGAGGAAAUCAUUAAGGGGGGGCGGUCUCACUAUGGGGACCGUUUGAUUGACACGGUCAAAGAAGGCAAGAACCGCACGCUGUUGAAAGCCGAAGGCAGCUUGACACCCGGAUACUACGGCCCACGUGGCCUUCGAGCGUUGUCGGAAGACAUCAUUGCACGUUUCUCAUCCAUUCUCAGAGAGCGGGCCAUCGAUGACCGACUUAUAUCUUCACGCGGAUAUUCUAGUUAUGUGGAAGCAGUCUUGGUCCCUGAGUUGGCCGUCAAAUUAAUAUGUGAGGAUAUGCAUGUGGAGCCCACGGAAGCAAGAAAGAUACUCGAGGACAGCAAGGAUAUUGGCGACAUGAUAAAUGAGGAUGUCGAGGACACGGUCGACCAAGUUAGCGACGAUGAAAGGGAUACGUAUUGA